AUGGCUUUUAUUGUGUUAGAAACGGUCUUAUAUCGACUUGUUCUUCCGACAGCUUUACUUAUUGGUGCACUAAUUCGACCAAGCUUUAUUUCCAUCGUUUACGUUAUUUUCGCCCUAAUUGGUCCACUUUUGGGUUCAACAGCAUCAUCGGUGCCAAUUCAACGGACGCUUCGUAUUUACUUAAUUGUCGUUCUGUUUACAGCAUUUCUUGCCUCCGUCAUCCAAUUGAGCUAUCAGAUUUAUGAAUCUUUUUAUCAACCAAAUAUUGAUGAAUACACGAAAACAUGCAAUACAUCAGUUUUGAACUUUUGGUUGCGACAAAUUGGUUUAAUUAGAAUCAAACGUUAUUCUGGCUUCAACACAAUACGUGUAGUUUUUCCUGAAUUACUGGCACUCACAGUUUCUCUUGUGACUACUAUCUGUUGCUUUCUCAUUAAUCGAAGUAAUGAUUCUAGAAGCACUCAUAGUACCGCUAAUGUGCUACCAGUACGAGAAAGCUCAGGCAUUAUUGAACCUGAAAAAAGAAGCAUCACUGAGGCAAUGAUAUUGUCUCUGAAAAAACUUUCGGACGUUGCAGUAAUCUUGGCUCUUGGCUUAGUCAGCAUUUUUCAGCCGUGUAUUCUCAGCUUUGUAUAUUUCAUUACAUUCCUCUUUGUCGCAACAUGGUGGGCAUUGUGCAAACCUCUUCAACGACAUGUUUUCAAUACUAUAAAACGUCUAAUCAUCAGAUGUUGCGCACUGCAUUUCCUCUUGCUUUAUAUGUAUCAAAUACCAUUCUUUCAAACCAUCAUACCUGGGCAGUCAUUUUUUGCUCGUUUGGUUGGUUUUGUUCCUGUUUUAUACACGAAUUGCAACGCGUGGUGGUCAUUGAGUGUCAUUUCACUUGACUAUUGGACAGCACUUGCCAAUAUAAUAGCUGUACUAGUUCUAUAUCACCUUUUGAUUAUGCAGUAUAGUUUUACAAGAUAUGGAAUUCAUCGUAAUUAUAAGGCUUGUGAAAGCACUGGAAGUAGCAUACAUGAGGAGAACGUGGUCAUGCCACGGUACAGAUCAUUUCAAGGGGCAGGUGAUGAUGAUGUGGAUAAUGAAAGAACCAAAGUGCGGCUUGAUGAAAAGAGGAAUGCCGUGGGGGAAAAAUGGUGUGAUGACUCGCUCCUUGCAAAUGAUGCCAGUUCUCACAAUCUGGGAAAUCUGUCACCUCAUCAGACUAACCCAUCUUCUACUGAUCACCAUGAGAUGGCUACCGUUUUUAUUGGACAAGGAGAGCGUGAGGCAGUAAUAUCUCAAGGAUUCACUGUUGCACUUACUUUUAUUUCCCAUCACCUCCAUAUUUUUGCCUUAAUAGCUAUGACGUUUUGGGCUCUUCUCUAUCACUCAGUAUUUGGUCUCAUAUUUUUAGUAGAAAGUUGUAUUAUUUUGGUUUUCAAGAGCACACGUGCUAUGGCACUUCGAGCAUCACCAUCACUCAUUGCAUAUGUUGAAUUCUUACUUAUUGCACAAUAUGUAUGCAGUAUGGAUAUCAAACAUGAAUUGCCUCAGUCAAGUUAUUUGAAACUUGCUGGUUUCAUUUUUGCGCCCAGUCGAACUGCAGCAUUCAUUACUCUUCUCACGAAGGGUUUAUUAAGUCUACCGUUGUUUGCACUACUUCGGCUACAUCGUGAGAAAUACAGCUGUUCAGCCAGAGCUGAUGAACAAAAGCGAAUAUGUGGUAUUUAUUCAACAGCUGGUCCCAUCGGCAUAUCUGGUAAUAAGACAGUAUCAUCUCAAAGUGUAUCAACGGGUGUUAGAGUCGUUGCGAAAUACUGGAUUUUUGUUGUCAGUUUUGUUUUGCUCGUUAUUUCAAUCCAUUCACCGCCGGUUCUGUAUACUGUUGGUUUUUUCAUAUCAUUCAGUGUGCUAAUUGUCCUGCUACUGUCUUCUUUUGGUUGUCUACGGCGUUUUUUGUAUAGUUAUUUUACAUUUCUGGCUAUAUAUUCAUCAGCUGUAAUAAUAAUCCUAUAUUGUUAUCAAUUCCCAGCAAUACCGUCGAUCUGGCAGAACGCGACAGGACUUAGUGAUGAUUGGAAUCACGAUAUAGGCUUAGUCAAUUACAGGCAAGAAGGAGAUAAAGAAUCUUUGGCAAUUCACUUGAUUGGAUCACUUUCACUUUUCCUAGUGAUCAUAAUGCAUUUGAAAUUCUUUAAUAAUCUGUGGUGUUCUUUCGUUACGCCUAUUUCGAAUGCCAUUGAUAAUGACGUAACUGAAGGGACUUUUGAUGAACAGCGGAAUUUUUAUGCCAAAAUAAAACAUAUCGUAGACUGUGUGGUGGAAGCGUUAUGGAACAUUGCAGAGGUUCAUGUGGCCAAACUUGUCAUAUAUGAUUUUCGCCCUGUUAAUUUUGGUGAAGCGGAUUUUGGUUACUUUACUUUUGCUACUGAUGGAAGCUACUCUCAUAACGAGAUUUUUUUGCCUAAUAGUGAUUGUUGGAUGCAUUUUGUGGUGGAAAAACCAUUACCUCUAUAUUCGAAAGAAUUGAUAUGCAAUUCGUCUGAAUACACUCUGGGUGCAGCGGUAUAUUGGCUUGGUUUUCGGAAAGUACCGGUCAUUGGAAAUUACGGUUUAAUCGUUGCCUUAUUAGCACUAGCAUUACAAGCAGUUGUUAUCUAUCGCCAGCAACAUAAACGUUUGUUAUGCAGAGCAACUGCUCCACCUCGUGGACUAGUGUUUCCAGAAGCAAAUCCCAAAAAAUGGGAUACUAAUCUAAUUGAUAUGAUCAAGUUUUUCUUCAAUUAUGGAUUCUAUAAAUUCGGUUUGGAGUUGUCAAUGAUGAUGAUGGUUGUGGUGGCAUGGAUACGAAUGGAUUUGCUAGCAACUUUUCUUCUUAUUUGGUUAAUGGUCUUCGUAUUCAGCUGUCGUGUAACUUGUCGUUGCUUAUGGCCUGUAUUCCUUCUUUAUCUUGCCGUCCUAUUUCCGUUACAGUACGCCUUCUAUGUUGGUUUACCACCAUCCCUCUGUUUUGAUUAUCCAUGGAGCCGGUGGUUAUCGAAUUCGCUACAAAAUGACAAUUUGAUAUUUUGGUUGGAUUUGGCUAGUUAUCGCUUUAAUUUAGAUGUAGGGAAGUCGAUCGCCGACUUCCUUCUCCUGUUGAUGGUUGCUUGUCAAGAGUACGCUUUUCGAAGUGAAUGUAGCUCACCAGCAGGUGACAAUGAUUCCAUUUACGCUAAUAGCAAAUGCUAUGAUCUGAAGCAGGACAAUCCAACAUAUGAUUUUAUUGCGCAACAGCAGAGUUGUGUUGACUUCUUGAAAAUAAUUGUCUUCAUGUAUGGACACUGGAUAACUAUUGUAAUGGUAUUAGUGGCUGGUCUGGGUGGUGUGUCUUUAUUCGCCCUUGGUUAUAUUAUUUUGGCGUUUUGGAUACUCUGGCAAGGAACAAGCUUGUAUGUUACACCAGAUUAUGGCAAGACUCUCAAACGAUGGAACUUACUUCUGUACUAUACAGUAUUUGUCAUGUUCUGUAAAGUUGCUUUACAGAUUUUCGCAUGUGCUUUUGUCCAUAUGCUAAUAGAAACAAAUCUUUGUCCCAUCCGCCAGCUAUUCAGCAUUGUUUGUGUAAGCAUAAUCCCUGGCAGAAUUAACAAUUAUUACUUACCCAGGGAACAACAAGAAUUCGACAGAGAAUGUGCGGUGCAAAAAUCGGAAACACAAAUAGGUUUUGACAUGGUUGCGUUUGGCUUAUUAGUGUUACAACUCCGGAUCUUUAACUCAUGGUAUUUCCAACAUUGUGUGGUUGAAUACCGAUCUGAAGCCGUGCUAAUGAAUCGUGGAUCGGUUCUUCAAGAUCAACUUAUUGAAAGAGAAAUGACAGAACAAAACAAGCAGCAAGAGAAGAAAUUCAUAAAAAUUAAAAUGCGUACGGAACAAAUUCGUAAAGAUUAUGAAAAACGUCUAAGCAAAGCUGGCGCUUUUAUACCACAAACAUAUGGACAAGGAACUGAGGCGCAUUAUUCGAACAAUCCUAAUCCUUGGUAUAGGCUGAGCGAUGCGCGUGAACGUUCUGACUACCGAAUGAGUGCCAAAAGAGCCGGUGAUUAUUAUAUGUUCGAAUAUGACCCAUCAGAAGAUGCAUUGGAUGAAUCAGUGGAAACGUUUGUUCCAGAAGUGACACCAGGCGCUAGUGAUUUUAACAAAUUGGAUCCUGCUCAGCUGAUGCACACAGCUAUGCAACAUGAUCUUGAUUUGGCCCAAACUUUGGAUGCUGUUUAUUCGGCUGAGCGAAUUGAAACUGAUGAAGAAAAGCGUAUGAUCAAAGCUGUUUCGGACGAAAGGAAAUCACCCAAGCAAGAAGCAGCAGUGACAGAAUUAUCAGGUGGUGAAGAACCAAAGUCUGAUGGACAAGUUGCAGCAGGCUUACAUUUUCUACAGAAAAUUUUUACUUCUGCUCUUGGUUGGUUUGCUGCUUUUCUAAACCGUAGAUCUCGUGAAUAUCGAUAUGUUGCUUAUGUCCUUGGGAAAGAAAAAGAAAAGCUAAAAGAGAGAUUGAAACAGCCACUGGUGGAUGCCUCUAGAUCAGUGCUUGACGUCCGACAGGAAUUUAAUCAACAAAAUUUGCGCUGUGUUAAGAGCGAAAAGGACAUUGAACGCUUGGAAGAUGAAGUGGAAAAUUGUUGGCAACAACGGAAUGUGUUUGUACGCUUUCUAAAUGCAGCUGGAUAUUGCAUUGCUGCUCAUACUGAUGUCAUUUGUUAUCUUCUGGCUAUAAUCAACCAUGCUCGAUGUGCUGGCAUCAUUUCAUUACCACUACCUCUUCUCAUUUUUUUCUGGGGUUCUUUAACAAACCCUCGUCCGACAGAAAUAUUUUGGAUUGUAAUGAUAACUUAUACAGAACUGGUAGUAGUGAUUAAAUUUAUUGCGCAAUUUGGUUUCUUUUCAUUUAACAAUACAGCGAAUAUUAUCAGAGCUGCUAAUUCCAUUGAUUACUUACCCGGAAUUUUGGGCAUUCGAAAGGCGGAUUAUUAUGCUUUUUGGGAUAUCGCCUUACUUGUUGCACUCUUUUUUCAUCGAUAUAUGCUUCGAAGACUGGGUUUAUGGAAGGGAACAGAUGAUACAUUUAGAGCAUCUGUCCCACUCUUACAAAUAAGUAGUUCUAUUAAUGCGGAUUUGUCGGAUAUAUCUCAAACUAAUGUUAAUUUGGAGAUUGCACCAAUGACAAAAAAAACUUCAACACACGUCAAAUGCGUCAAGCAUUUCUUCAGUGUGCUUUUCAAUCCACCAGUUCGAUACAUAAAAGAUUUGUAUCCAUUCAUGUUCUUGAUGGAUGUAUUGUGUUUCUUCGUAGUAUCUUUUGGUUUUUCCUCAUUUGACUACGGCGGUACUGGAAGCGUUGUACGAGAUAUCAGCUCGAAUCGCGUUCCAAUAACAUUUGUAAUAAUGCUUAUUACUAUAUCAUUGAUGAUUAUUAUCGACCGAGCUUUCUAUCUUCGAAAAGCUGUAAAAUGCAAAUUUCUCUAUCAAUUAAUCAUUGUCAUUUUUCUCCACAUCUGGAUCUUUUUCGUUCUACCGCAAAUAACUUACAAGUUUAUGGCCAUUCCAUUCCUGUUCGAAUUACGGACGGCCAUUGAUUGGACUUGGGCUGAUACCUCUAUGCCGCUCUUUGAUUUCUUCAACAUGGAAAACUUUUACGCAAUUAUUUACAAUCUUAAAUGUGCUAGAACAUAUGAGAAAAACUUUCCGACUCCGAGAGGUGUAGCCAAAGGUGCUCUAGUCAAAUACUUGAUGGGUGUACCAGUAAUUUUGGGUCUCAUUCUUUUCAUUUGGCUACCUCUACUUUCGUUUUCGUUGCUCAACAGGAUUGGCAUUGUAUUGCCACCGAAUAAUGUGAUGUUGACCAUUGGGGUUGAAGGAUAUCCCUCCAUGUUCAUCAUUCAAUCUCAGGGUAUCGAACUAGAAUAUCUAACUGAUGCUGAAUAUCUCAAACUACAAAAUGCUUUCUCAGAACACUACACUUCCUCGAAUACAGAUUCAAUAUUAAGGGCUCGUCAAGCUGUUGCAUUUAUCAGAGAAUACAAUAGGGAAAGCAUUAUGAAAGUGCGUUUCCGUCCCGAAUCAUACAUCCCAUGGCUUAUUUCAAACGAUGCAUUGGUUGCUAUGAAAUAUGAACUCAAAGAAGGAACAAGAAGACUUAAUGUUAUCAUCAAGUUUACGUACGAACGCCCUAACAUUAAACAUGCUGAUUAUCCUACGCAGCAUUUCUAUACAUUAACCAUUCCACUACCAGUAAAUUCUACUACACGAACAGAAUUAGCCGAAAUUGUAGAUGGUCAAUACAAUCGUAGUAUGUUGUUGGAAAAUGCGUGGCCGCCAUAUGUAGUUAUGCCCAAUGAAGGAAAUGUGAGACCGGCUUCUUCUUUACUUCAUGUGAUGAGUGGAUCAAAUCCCAAUCUCUGGCAAUCAUUUUCCAAUAUAUCAAUGAAACUAACCGCUCGCACUACAGAAAGUAAGAUGUGGAGUGCAGCACUGAUUCAGAAUAAUGAGACAGCUGCCCUUACGCUAUCACUCGAAGAUAUAAAAUACGAAAGUCGCCCGGAAAAGUACCUACAAAUGGUUGUAUUCGUAGAUCGCGUUUUUCCAUCAUUUGUGAGCAAAUAUGUCCAAGGAGGUAUUAUCGCAAUGUACCUAGCUGUGGUUAUGUUAGUGGGACGUAUGAUACGUGGUCUUGUCAUGAAUGCUGGUGUGGAAGUCAUGGUUUCUGAAAUUCCAAAUCCAGAUUAUUUACUUAAAAUAUGUCUUGAUAUAUAUUUGGUUCGCGAAGCUAAGGACUUCGUUUUGGAACAGGAUUUAUAUGGCAAGCUGAUCUUUCUGUUUCGAUCGCCUGAAAACCUUAUCAAAUGGACACGAAAUAAAGUCAAAGCUGACUAA